CAAACAGCUAGCAUGCCACCCAAAACCUCUGGAAAGGCCGCCAAGAAAUCUGGCAAGGCCCAGAAGGCCAUCACCAAGGGAGAUAAGAAGAAGAGGAAAGGAAAGAGGAAGGAGUCCUAUGCCAUCUACAUCUACAAGGUCCUCAAGCAGGUCCACCCUGACACCGGUAUCUCCUCCAAGGCCAUGAGCAUCAUGAACUCCUUUGUCAACGAUAUCUUCUCCAGGAUCGCUGCCGAAGCUUCCCGAUUGGCCCACUACAACAAGAGAUCCACCAUCACCUCCCGGGAGAUCCAGACCUCUGUCAGGCUCCUCCUUCCCGGAGAAUUGGCCAAGCACGCCGUCUCUGAGGGAACCAAGGCCGUCACCAAGUACACUAGCUCAAAGUAAGCUGCAGUACACUUAUCUACUAUUGUACCUGAUUAAAACAACCGGCCCUUUUCAGGGCCACCUAAAAAUACCAACUAAGAGAACUAAAAUUACAAGAAAAUGAAGAAAUGUCUAAAAGAUAUAUAAGGCAUAGGCUAAAAUAUGCAAAACGUCUCUGUUCAGUAAGACAGCAAACACAACGCAAAAUAAAAAGUAUAGAAAUUUUUUUUAACUUUUACCAAAUGUUAAAAAAUGAAGGCUGCUUGCAUUCAAAGUGCAAUUAUUGUCAAACUAAAGUUUCUCUCGAUCUUUAUUAACUAUGCAAAAUGCUAUAACAGUAUAGCAUAACGCCUGAAUGCCUCGAACAUUAUAAACUGUAAUACUAGCUAUGAAAGUAUAGCCAUAUAUUGUAAAAUAAAAUGCUUUUUUCGUCAUAACAAAGUUACAGUAUAUGUAAAAUUUUGUAAAAACUAACUAUGUUUACGAAAAUAAAAAAUUUUGUCUUAAAAAAAACAAUUAGCUUUUAAAUAGAUGCUGAAAUAAAUCAGAUGAUCAUUUUCUCGAUGUAAAAUAAAUCAGAUGAUCAUGU